CAUAAAAUAAAGUAUUUGUAACGUGCUGCAACACUUUCUCUAAAAUAUUCGAUAGCCCAUCAAAUAAUUUUUCAUAUUUUUUUAUAGAAAACCCAUCAAAUAUUUCAGUAGUAUAGAUAGUUUCCCUACUUUCAUAGCAGAAAUCAAACAACACUCCUUAUGUUUCACAUGGCUUCCAACAACAACAGCAACAUUAAAGUUCACGAUCACUUCAAGGUUGUUCCUCCAUCAUCAACAAAAACCACCUCAAUCCCUCUUACUUUCUUCGACAUAUUUUGGCUAAGGUUCCAUCCAGUAGAACGAGUUUUCUUCUACACCCUCCCAAAUUCACAAUCACACCCUUCUUUCUUCUUUCAAACGAUUGUUCCAAAUCUCAAAUCAUCACUCUCUUUAACCCUCCAACAUUUUCUCCCUUUAGCUGGUAACAUCGUUUGGCCUUCUGAUUCUUCAAAACCCAUCAUUCAAUUUGAUCCCAACGAUGAUGGAGUUUCGUUGAUCAUUGCAGAAUCUGAUUCAGAUUUCAAUCAUGUCGUUGAAAACUCACCCCAUGAAGCUUCUUUGUCUCGUUCUUUUAUACCCCACUUAGAAUCAUCAGAUUCUUUUGCUUCUAUUAUGUCACUCCAAAUCACCCUUUUCCCAAAUAGUGGUUUUAGCAUCGGAAUCAGCACUCAUCAUGCUGUUCUUGAUGGAAAAUCUUCAACCAUGUUCGUCAAAGCUUGGGCUUAUCUAUGCAAAAAAGCUAUUGAAAGAGAUGAAUCACCAACUUUGUUGUCAGAGUUCGAACCUUCAUUCAAUAGGGAAGUCAUCAAAGACCCAAAUGGAAAUAACGUAAUGGACCUUGUAUCCACAUUAUUCCCAAGUGAAAAAGGAAAUGAUAGAAGCUUAAAGAUUUUCCCAUUUGAACCACAACUCGAAGACUCUGUUCGUGCUACUUUUAAGCUCAAACAUGAAGAUUUGGAUAAGAUAAAGCAAAGAGUGUUAUCUACAUGGGAAAUAUUCGAUACGAAAGAAUCAAAGCCACAAACUCUAUCAUCAUUUGUCAUCACUUGUGCUUAUUCGCUCGUUUGUGUUGCAAAAGCGAUUCAUGGGGCUCAUAAUGACAAAGAGAAGUUUUCUUUUGUGUUCAGCGUAGAUUGCAGAGCAAGGUUAGAACCAACAAUACCAAAUAACUAUCUUGGAAACUGUGUUUGGGCGUAUUUUAUUGAUACACAGCCGUUGGAUUUUAUAAAAGAAGAUGGUGUUUUUUUAGUUGCUAAGAGUAUUUAUGAGAAAAUAAAGAUGAUAAAUGAAAAGGGUUUUCUUGAAGGGGAGAUUAAUGAUAUGUUUAAUAAAAUUAUUUCUUUAUCGAGUGAAGGAUUUGAAUUUAUGGGAGUGGCGGGGUCUCAUAGAUUUGGUGUUUAUGAGAUUGAUUUUGGUUGGGGAAGGCCGGAAAAGGUUGAGAUCGUGUCAAUAGAUAGAGGUGUAACAAUUGGUUUGGCAGAGAGCAAAGAUAGUAAAGGAGGGAUAGAAGUUGGGCUUGCUCUUAAUAAACCUGUAAUGGAUAUCUUUAGCACUUUGUUUCUUGAAGGAUUAUCCAAUAAUGAGUAGUUCUACCAUUACCCAUUUUAAUAUUUUAUUUGCAACAAUUUCUAAGAUUGUAAUUGUUCUAAUUGAUUUUCUGUGUGAUUUAAGUUUUGACCCUUUAAGAAUCCCUAUGUUUGGUCCAUAGUUCAAGUUCUGGAAAGAAAUAUAACAUGUGGUGUUGUAAAAUCUGCUAGCUAUCUUUGCUAAGUGAGGAAGUCAAACUUUCUUUGGCAAUAAGCAAUAUUUGCUAGACUGUGGUGCAUUUUGAUGGAUUGAUUCCUUUUUAAGUUCUUCUCUUUAGUUUGUAGCUUAUUUCUUUUAUUUUAAAUAGAUUAAAGAGGCUUCUAGU